ACAUCAAAAGCUCUUCUUGGUGACCAGUCAUCCUACUUUUCAUUUUUUUUCAGACUGGAGAUUUAAUAGCAUAAAGUCAAAACAUUUUUUUUCUUUUUGUUAUCCCCCAUCAACUUAUUUUAGCUAACCUAACACCAGCCACAGGACUCAACGGUAUAUUCCUGGAAAGCAAGGUGCUGUAAUGGCAACCCCAAACUGUUUAAUACUCUGGGUGUUACUCAUAGCAGAUACUGUGUGGACACAGAGUGUGAGACAGGCCUAUGAAAUACAGGACCCAGAGGACUGGGAUGUCCACGACGACUUCUAUUGUCCCAGAGAAUGCUUCUGUCCUCCCAGUUUCCCUACUGCCUUAUACUGUGAGAACAGAGGUCUCACAGAAAUCCCUCCUAUUCCUUCAAGGAUCUGGUACCUCUACCUGGAAAACAACCUGAUUGAAUCCAUACCAGAGAAGCCCUUUGAGAAUGCCACCCAGCUGAGAUGGAUCAAUUUAAACAAGAACAAAAUAACCAACUACGGGAUUGAGAAGGGGGCCCUGAGCCAGCUAAAGAAACUUCUUUUCCUGUUUCUUGAAGACAAUGAGCUAGAGGAGGUACCUUCUCCAUUGCCAAGAAGUUUGGAACAAUUACAAUUAGCUAGAAACAAAGUAUCCAGAAUCCCUCAGGGGACCUUCAGUAAUCUGGAAAACCUGACCCUUCUUGAUCUGCAGCAUAACAAACUAUUAGACAACGCCUUUCAAAGAGAUACUUUCAAGGGCCUUAAGAACCUCAUGCAGUUAAAUAUGGCGAAGAAUGCCCUGAGGAACAUGCCCCCAAGAUUACCAGCCAACACCAUGCAACUCUUUCUAGACAACAACUCCAUUGAAGGAAUACCUGAAAAUUAUUUCAAUGUGAUUCCUAAGGUGGCUUUCCUGAGGCUCAACCACAACAAACUAUCAGAUGCAGGUCUCCCGUCGAGGGGUUUUGAUGUGUCAUCCAUUCUGGAUCUUCAACUGUCUUACAACCAGCUCACAAACUUUCCCCGAAUCAAUGCUAACCUGCAGCACCUUCACCUUGAUCACAACAAAAUUAAAAAUGUGAACAUGUCUGUAAUAUGUCCCACCACACUGCGUGCAGAACAGGAUGCCUUCAUUCACGGACCACAACUGAGCUACCUGCGUCUGGAUGGGAAUGAAAUCAAGCCACCGAUCCCGAUAGAUUUGGUGGCUUGCUUCAAGCUUCUUCAGGCUUUCAUAAUAUAAGACAGAACCCAAACUGGUUUAAGGGUAGAUGUAUGUGGUAUGAGAUUUUGAUUGUUACUUCUAGGUCCUAGACCACACUUGCAAUUGUUCUUACCCACCAUUUUCAUAUGUGCAGCUUGUUCUUUCUGUUUGAGGAUGCUCUGGUCAGUGACACACAGGGGCCACGUGUAUUAGUUUGCUUUCUUCUGAUUAACAAAACAGACACAGAGUUGAAAAAGCUCCUCAACUCAAAGGUAUUUUUAUCUCCUUGCAGCUACUAAUAGCCAAUGUUUUUUUUUUUACUGUUACACAUUCAAAAUAAUUUACUUGCAUAUGACCAAAUUUAUGAGUACUGGUAGUGCAGACUCCCCAUAAGCACCACAAUGAGCUAGCAGGAGGAAGCUCUGAAAAUAGGAAUAAAUGAAAUAUUCCUCUGUCAUCAUUAUAAUGAGCCCACUAGUCAAAAGCUUUCUAAAAAGAGACACCUGGUUAUUAGAAUGAAACAAUAAAGCAAGAGAGAGAGGUUCAGGUCCCUUGGAGCGAAACAAUAAAGCAGUAAAAGGUGGUGGUUCACUAUCAUUUCUUACAUAUCUUUUCUUAGAUCUUAUAUAUUAUCUCCAGUAACUGAUUCCUUAAAUAUUGCAGUUAUUAUAACAUAGCAUGCAAACUAUCCAGCUCUUAUUUUGAUUAUGAUUUGGGGGAUUUUUCUAAAUAAAACUAUUGAAUAUUUUCUA